AAACUUUGACACGACAGCCAACGUACGCCCGAGGUCGCGAUCAAGGAAGUGAUUACAUUUUUUUACUGGUAUUUUCUCGGUCUAAAUGGAAAGAUGAUUAUAUAUGCAAGUUUGGCUCGUUCGUCUGAUGGCACACCAUUAUCAGCCACCACAGACUUUGCAAGUGAUGCGGACCAGCGGGUGCGAGAAGGGAAGAGAUGUAUCAAACUCAUGAGCAAGCAUCUUCCCAAAUUUGGAAAGCGGGUUUGUCUUCAGGCAGACGAAAUAACCAUACACUGCGUAACAGAUGAGUGUACAGCAUACAUGGUGGUGUGUGAACCAAACUACCCACAUAUUUUGGCAUUCAGCUUCCUAGAUGAACUUAUGAAGGAGUUCAGCCUCCUAUACACACCCUCUGUUGUCAAAUCCGUAAGAAGACCAUAUGCAUUCAUUGAGUUCGACAGUUUCCUUCAAAAAACGAGGCAGAAGUACAACAGCACGCGAGCUCUGGCCUCAAGGUUGAACCUGGCUGACAUGACAACAGACCUGAACCUCCAUCCACCAUCUUAUGUAAAGAUGAGCCAGCUCGAACCACCUCCCUCACCAUCUCCAAAGCCCAGUGCCGCACAUACAGCCUUAAAAGCGUCAUCAAAGCUAGAAAUGCCUAAUGGGAUUCUGGCUAAUGGCAUUGUUAACAAGGACGACACGACAGUGGGAGUAACACUAAGACUGAAACCCAUAUCGUGGUAUGGUUAUAUCGCCGUUUUUCUUGCUGUUCCUUGUGUGUUGCUGGAUGUUUAUAGAGGAGCUGUUGCCAUUAGCAUGUCAAGUUUGGAGGAACUUGAUGGUCCCUCUCCAUGGCAUGGCAUUUUCUUCUUAACAGAAAUGAUACUCGAGGUCCAUGUGCUGAGGAAGUAUAACAAAUUUAGAAAACUAGAGACAUUAGGUUGUUCAGUUUUUGUGCUCAUCCUCAAUGGGUUUCUCUUCGACGUCCGGGAAGCCUGGAUUUGUGCGUUAUAUGUGAUGGUGUCAUUGCUGCUCGCCCUCGCCACCUUCCGCAGACCAGAUGAUGAGUUGAGGAGAUGUAAAAGCUUGCUCUUGCCUGAAUUUUUGUGGUGGAAAUUUUUCUUCAACCUUUGGCGUAAUCCUGAUGAGAUCAGAGGCCUUGCCAAUGGGUGGAAGGCCAAGGGCGGAUGUGUCUUUUAA